GGACAGUGGCCUCUGCUUUCACUGCCCUGCUCAGGGAGAGCCAGAGGACCUGCCCUUCCCGGACGGGAAUACCCCAUGAGUGAAAAGUCCGUGGCACACCAGCCUGCCGCCCAUCCCAGUGUGCUCUCGAAACUGCGGUAUGUCCUGUCUGUCCUGCAAUUUACCUACCCUACCCUUUUUCAAGGGUGGCAAACAUUGGUGGGUGGACUUCUGCUUCACAUCUCCUGGAAGCUGGGCUGGGUGGAGAUAAACUUAUGUUCAAGGUCUGAAAUCCUGUCAUGGCUUCCUGCAUCAGUGCUUUUUGUGGGCAUUAUUUAUGCUGGCUCCAGGGCACUUUCUAGAUUGCCAAUCCCAAUGUUCCUCACUGUGCACAACGCAGCAGAAGUCAUAACCUGCGGGUUCCAGAAGUUUGUGCAGAAAGAGCAGACCUCUCAUCUGAAAGUCUGUAGUGUGCUGUUCCUCCUGGUAGCAGCAGUGUGCCUUCCUUUGUGUGACACACAGUUUGAUGCAAAUGGAUAUUUAUGGGCUCUAAUUCACUUGAUCUGUGUUGGGGCUUACAAAGUAUUUCACAAGUUGUGGAAACCAGGAUCUUUAAGUGAUCUGGACCAACAGUACAUCAACUAUGUAUUCAGUGUAGUGCUGUUGGCCUCUGCAUCCCAUCCAGCAGGUGAUCUCUUCAGUGCCUUGGAUUUUCCAUUCCUGUACUUCUAUAGGUUUCACAGCAGCUGCUGUGCCAGUGGACUGUUGGGAUUCUUUCUGAUGUUGCAUGCAGUGAAGCUAAAAAGCAGCACAACCUCAGGGCAAUAUGCAGCCUGGAGUUUCCUUGCAAAGGUUAUCACUGCUAGCUUAUCACCACUCUUCUUUGUCAUGACUGCCAAUGUACUAACAAUUUCUUGCCUUGUGAUCGGUGGAGUUGGAGAAGCAUUGCUUGUUUACACUGAAAGGACAGGCACAUAAAGAGGAACCAGAUCUCACCAGCUGGAAAAGAGCUGACUUGCAACCUAGAGACACUACCAUGAAAAAAAAGUGGCAGCAGGAAUGAAGAAGUGCAACCAAACAUGAGGAAAGGGAUCUAUUUUUUUUAAUUAAGAAAAUAACCUAUGCUAUUAAUAGUGCUGGUAAGGGAGCAGCAUGGUUGGCAAAGAUGGUAAGGAGCCUUUGCCUCAAAGCACAAGACAAACUAUAUCAGAUUGAUGUGGUAAAGGAAAAACUGCACUGUCUCAUGCAGAAACAGCUCAUGCUCUGUGUGAGCACCACUCAGUAGCAGCUUCUUGCACAGGGAAUUAAACUCAGGAAAAGCAGCAUUCCCCACUGGAUGCCCCCAGUGGUUUUUUUGUUUGAAGCAGACAGCAGGUCAUACCAAACAAUGUCAGACCCCAGAUCCUGCCAUAAAUUCAGGAUCUGGAAGGAUGGAUUUUGCCUCCAACUGUUCUGUAAGCAGCAAGCUGCUACACACAGGUCUCUAGUCAUGUUGUCUGAACUGGCACAGGGACUGAGGCCAAGGGGCUUGUGGAGAUAAUCCCCUUCUGGAACUGUGGCAGUUUGACAGCUUUGCAGAAAGGGAAAAUCAGCAAUAAAUCUCAAUAUCUGUA